CGAAAAUAAUAAAUAAAUAAAUAAAUGCCUUUAUAUGCGUGCAUGUGUGUGCUGAUAGAUGAUGCACAAAGAUGACAAAUUAAUACACACACGUUUGCUCGCUAAAUACAAACAGCAACAAUACUAACACGCGAGCAAUACAAAACCAGCAAAAAUCUAAAAUCAAAUUGUUUGCCAACCAUUGGAGGCGGCAUUGGCUAACGGUUAACAGGCAGCUGCACAGUCUGCGCCCACAGCAAAAGAAACAACAACAAGAACAACAACAGCGACUCAGACGCAGACAGGAAAUAAGAAAUAAUUAAAUAUUCCAAGUACGUGCGACCAUAUUGAAGCCACAAAAUUUUCGCCCUGGCCGAAUCAAGCAGCAACAGUAGCUACAACAACAACAACAACAACAAUUAUAGCAGCAACUACAAGCAGUGGCUGAGGAUGGCCACUGGCAGCAACGAUAUGCCAGACCAUCGGAAGCGCAACACAUUCACCAGCUACGUGGCGCCCAUGGCUGGGGAUGUGCGCGCCACAGCGGAUACGAACGAAUGGUGCCUGCCCAGUGAUUUGCGUGAUGUGCAUUUGGCCAAGCCCCGACUGCUGGCAGGCGAACAGAUAGUCGCCUCUGCGCCCGCCUACAUGUACUCGCCGAUUGCGCCCAUGGAGGGCAGCAGCGGCAGUGGGAACAGCAGUGGCAGUGGCACUGUGACUGGGAUUGGCAACAGCAACAAUGGGCAGAGCAACAAUAGCAAUAACAGCAAUGGCAGCAACAGCAUGGGCAGAAGCCGAAGCAGCCACAAGGAGGCCACCUUUGGCCUGCUCAGCGUUACCAAUUUUAAGCUGGCGUUUGUGCCGUUGCAUGGACGUGCCACGCUUUCGGCGCCGCUGGCCAGCGAUCUGUAUCAGGAGAAUGCGUAUUUGGGCCGCAACGAGGUGACGCUUAAUAAUAUCGAUCAGAUCUAUACGAUUGCGGAGCAGGGGCGUGCGGCAAGCGCGCUGCAGGCGGCGCGCAUGGCCAGCACAAGCAGCCGGCGCAAAAAGCUGGAGCCGGCCAAGCAGCACAACAUCAACGGUCGCAUCGUGGCACUGCAUAUUAUCUGCAAGAACUUUCGCCUGCUCAAGUUCGCGUUCCAGCAGCAGGACUCAAAGCUGAGCGGCGCCAGUGAUUAUGGUAAACUUAUUGCCUCGGCGCUGGCACGUUUCGCCUAUCCGAUGCGACAUGAUCUUAGCUUUGCGUACGCCUACCGUGAGCCUUACUAUUCCACGCUGGUCGGCGUCAGCAUGUACGGCAGCAAGAACGAUUGGGCGCGUGAGCUGAUACGCUGCGGCGCCAGCGAGUGGCAGGUGAUCAGCGCCAGCGCUGUGCCUCAGCUGCAGAAUCGACUGCAGGCCGGCAAGUACCAGCUGCCGCCACACUUUGUCAUACCCAAGUGCUGUGAGGUGGAGCGUUUCCUGCAGCUAUCGUUUGCCUUUUGCGAUUCACGUGCCGCCUUCUGGGUCUAUAGCUAUGGCAGCAGCGCCGCCUCGCUGGUGCGGCUGGCGGAGCUGCAGCCAGCCUCGCAGCAGGAUACCAAAAUGGAGAACAUUAUGCUGGAGCUGGUGCGCAAGUGUGAUGAGCGCAAACAGCUGAAGCUGAUCCAGUUGACCGAUCAGCUGCCCAGCAUACAGGAUGUGCAGCGCGCCUAUCAAAAGCUGCGACGUCUGUGCACGCCCGAAACGCCCGAGAAGUUCAUGCUGCAGGAUGACAAAUAUCUGGGCCUGCUCGAAAAAACCAAUUGGCUUUUGUAUGUAUCGCUCUGUCUGCGGCAUGCCUCCGAAGCAGCUGCCACGUUGCGCGCUUCAAUAACCUGUGUGCUGCAGGAGUCGAAUGGCCGGGAUCUGUGCUGUGUGAUCAGCAGUCUGACGCAGCUGCUGCUCGAUCCGCAUUUUCGCACCAUCGAUGGCUUUCAGUCGCUGGUGCAGAAGGAGUGGGUGGCCUUGGAGCAUCCCUUCCAGCGGCGACUCGGACAUGUGUAUGUAUCAACAGGCGAACAGGCGCCGGACAGCGAACAGAGUCCCGUCUUUUUGCUGUAUCUGGAUUGUGUCUGGCAGCUGUUGCAGCAGUUCCCGGAUGAGUUUGAAUUCUCGCAAACGUAUCUGACAACACUGUGGGAUGCCUGCUUUAUGCCCAUCUUUGACACCUUCCAGUUUGAUAGCCAGGCGCAGCGAACACGAGCCGUUAACGAGGGCCGUCUGGUCUUGCGACCCGUCUGGGACUGGGGCGAGCAGUUCUCCGACAAGGACAAGAUGUUCUUCAGCAAUCCAUUGUACCAGCGCCAGCGUGGCGAUUUGGUUGCCACCCAAAACCAUCGACGCUCCUUGGCUGUGGGCGGCCACAAGCUGUUGGCGUCGGCUGCCGGCGGAGGUGGCGUCGGUCCAGGUGCAGGUGCUGCCACAGGAACAGCAUCUCCAUCACGCUACACCAUCAAUCCGCAGCUGUUUGCCACGCAAUCGAGUGUGCCGCAGGAUCGUUACCUGCAGCCGGCGCAUCGCAUACUCGAUCUGUCUGUGUGGGAUCAGUGCUAUUAUCGUUGGCUGCCCGUGCUGGAUAUACGAGGCGGUGGCCAACCGCAGGUGGAUCUCUUUCAUCGCCUGCUGCUGAGCAACAUAGCCAAGGUGCAGCGUUGCCUGGAGUUGCAGAACUUCGAGGAGCUGCCCGAUGCCUACUACGAUGCGUUGGGCGAGCAGCGACCCAGCCAGCAGCAGCAGCAGCAGCAAGAGGAGCCCGUCGAGUAUGUGGACGGCGUCGAGCGACGUCGCAAAUCGAUGCCAGGCACCGGCGCCGGAACACCUGGGUCCUCAGCAAAUGGCCUGAAUGUCGUUAAUGGUGGGCCAUUGCAGCUAUCGACGCUAUCCUCAUUCUUUCCAUUUGGCAACCCCAUUGCUGGCGAUGCGCCGCACGAGCUUUACGACAUUCUGAGCAACAGCAGCGAGCUGUUACUGGACACCUCGUCUAUACUGGACAAGUCAUCGAUUGUAUGAGCCGUGCUGGAAUGUUGCUCAAAAGUAGUUGGCCACACGCUACUCGCCACUCGCUACUCGUUACUCGCUGCAACGAGUUGUUCAACACUCGCUCUGGGCGGACCUUGUUCCCAUUGCUAUUGCUGGUUAUUUUCAAAGCUGAACUUUAGAAGUAUUACAAA